AUGUCCACUAGAAUAGAACUCAUCAAAUACAGGGUCUUGACUUCAUACAUAUAUAUCCUGUUGUUCAGAAUAGAAGCUCAUCAAAUACAGGGUCUUGACUUCAUACAUAUAUAUCCUGUUGUUCAGCAGUCCACUAGAAUAGAACCUCAUCAAAUACAGGGUCUUGACUUCAUACAUAUAUAUCCUGUUGUUCAGUGGUUGGUGAAGCGAGCUAUAGAAACCCGAGAAGAGCUUGGGGACUACAUCAGAAAUUUCUCUGUGUCUCAGUUCAACAAGAAUCACUCUACACCAGAGGAUGAAGCAUUCCUUACUGUGAAGGAUAAAGCUACAAGCACUGUCGGGGAUGUAAAGUCAGCAUACAAGCCAGAGAGGAAAUACAAACGUCAUGACAUUGACAAACUGAGAGAGGAGGAGACACGAGUCCAGUCUACACUUCUAGAAUAUGGGCGUAGAUAUGGUUUCAGUAAAAGUGACCAAAAAGAACAGGAUGAUGAUAAGACUGCAAAGAAAAAAGCUGCAGCAGCAGGUCUAGGAGGAGAGGAAGGGGAGAAAACUCUGGAGGAAUUACAAGCUGAGGAAGAGAAACGUAUAAACAUGUUAAUGAGUGGUAUGUCAGCUAUGGGGAUGCAGGAGGGAAAGCUAACAGCAAGUACAGUAGGGUCUAUUGUUGGAAUGCAGUCAGCAGAAAUACAACAAAUUGCCUCAGAAUAUGCAGAAAAGCAAGCAGAGAUUGAGCAGAUUGAGAAAAGUGAGAGAGUGGGUGGGGCGCAGCAGCAUAAACGUAUAACAGCUGCACUGGGCAAACAGAUACAGCAGAAUACAGACAAACUACAACAGGUACAAGAAAAACAUGCUGAACUUCAUAAAGCCUACCAAGAAACCCAGGAAAAACUACAACAGGCCCAGGCUCACAGUGAAAGGAUAGACCAAGAAAUGGAAAAACUCAAUGACAUGGAAACAGAAGAAAACCAAGGAAUACUGCAAAGUUUAAAGUCUUUAGUGGCCAUGAAUGAAAACUUAAAGAAACAAGAGCAAGAAUUUAAGGCUCAUUGUAAGGAAGAAAUGGCCAGACUUAAAGCAAACAUUGAGAAAUUAAAACAGGAAACAGAUGGAGAAAUUUCAGAGGAUAAGGCAAGAGCUGGACUUAUUGAUAAACAGUAUGAGGCAGAUAGAGAGAAACUCCACAAGAUCCGACUGCUACUGGCUAGAAAGAAUCGUGAGAUAGCAGGUUUACAGAGGAAGAUAGAUGAAGUUCCGUCACGAGCUGAGCUCAGUCAGUACCAGAGAAGAUUUGUAGAGCUCUAUAACCAAGUGGCAUCUACACAUACAGAAACAAAGCAGUUUUACACUUUAUACAACACAUUUGAUGAUACUAAACUAUAUCUGAACAAAGAGGUUAACUUGCUGAACUCCAUUUAUGACAACUUUUCCCAAGCCAUGUCUUCACCUGCCAAUAAAGAACAAUUCUUGAAACAGUUUGAACAGAUUGUGGAGGGAGUGAAAAACAAUAAGGCAAAGGUGGAAAGAAAGAAACAGGAGGAGAAAAUGAAGAGAGAUCAACUAAAUGAUACCUACCUAGACUUAAUAGAAAAACAGCGACUCUACUUCAAAACUGUCAAAGAUUUCCAAGAGGAAUGUCGGAAAAAUGAAGUUCUUUUAUCAAAGAUGAAGAAAUAACAGAGGAAGAAUAAUGAAAAUUUAUGUUUAUAAAUAUUCUUUUAUACAAAUUCAGAUUUCAAUUACCAAGAAUAUGAGAUAGAUCAUAUGAACAGUGUUCAGUCUAUUCAGUUUAAUUUAACAUGCUAAUUUUUGCAGUCUUUUAUCACAGACAUAUGAAAUACGAAUAAAUAAAUUGUAUUAAAAACUGAUUUGAAUGACUUAUUCAUGAACAGUUGGGAGUACCAAUUUGUCAAGAUGAGACAAACGUAUAAUUAUUGGCAUAUUUUACCUGUGUUACCUACUGAAAUUUUUAAUCACAGACUUUUGUAGGUCAAGUUAGGAAGAUAUUGAACAUAAUGCAGAUAUGUACCAUGAACAUAAUGUCGUCUUAAAUAAUAAAAUGUUGUCCAAGUAAUAAACAAUGAUAUUUCGACAUACA